AUAUGGUGUAUAUGUUACUUCAAGUGAAAAGUUAUAAAAAAGGAACGAUUAUUUUGAAGCAAAAUAAAGCGGUACUGGGAAGAUUAUAUCAGUAAAUAUUCAAUUAAUACUCAAUAUUUCCGGUUUAAAUAAAUGUUUAUAAUUUAAACGCAAUCAAAAUGUAUUUUAAAAUUACCGGAAUCAAACGUCAAGUGCUCAUUUCAGCGGUUUUGUAUUUAGGGCAGAUUUUAUUAGGUUUCUCAGUCAGCUGGUCCGGACCUAUUUUUCCGAAAUUGCGGGAUCCAACUCAAAGUCCGUUACCAUAUUUAUUGACGGAAAUAGAAAUGUCCCUUAUUGCAUCCUUCGUAUACAUCGGGGGAUUACCAGGUCCAUAUAUAAUGGGUUGGCUAUCAAACAUUUACGGCAGAAAACCAUGUUUAAUAGUUGGAGGGGUGCUAAGUUUCUUGGCGUAUAUCAUUUUAGUAUGGGCGAAAAACUUAGCUAUGCUGUACUGUGGCAGAUUGUUAAUAGGACUCGGAAUAGGUAUCAUAGCCGUUAUGAACCUCGUGUAUAUUGGUGAAAUAGCAUCUUCGAAUAUCAGGGGUAUUCUUCUAUCAGCUCUUGGAAUAUUUACAACAUGUGGAUCGAUAUUGAUGUAUUCUGCUGGAUCAUUUCUUCCUUAUUCUUAUGCGACAUCUGUUGGCUUAGCUUCGAGUUUAGCUUUUACGGUUUUUGCUAUGUUUAUACCGGAAUCACCGAUUUUUCAUGUUUUAGAAGAUAAUGAAGACGAAGCCAAAGCAAAAUUAAAAGAUUUGGGAAGGGAAGGCGAUAUCGAUAAUAUUUUACAAUCGAAAAUAGAAUAUAUUAACUCAACUAAUAAGAAAGACUGGAUCGAACUAGUAACUCUAAGAAGUAAUAGGAGAGCUUUGCUAAUAGUCGUCGUUAUAAAUAUUUUACAACACGGCAGUGGGAUUUUCGCUGUGAUAUCAUUUUCAGGAUCAAUUUUUGAAAUGUCGGGGUCAUCAAUUGGGUCUGACAUAUCUAUGUUAAUAAUUGGAUUUUUCCAAUUAAUCGGUAGUACGACAGCACCGUUUUUUGUUGAGAAAAAUGGAAGAAAAUCUUUAUUGGUGGUGUCUACUAUCAUUUGCUCUUUAAGUAUGUUACUACUCGGCUUGUACUUUUACUUGGAUUAUUUACAUUAUUCUGGAAUUAAUUAUGUGCAUUGGUUGCCUCUAGUACUUCUCAUCAUAUUUUUCAUUGGAUAUGAUGCAGGAUUAGGCAUUGUUCCCAAUGUGCUGAUUGGUGAAAUGUUUACAAUGAACGUUAGAAGCAAAGGUUCGGCUGUAGCGCUAUCAUUCUCAUGGGUGUCAGGAUUUUUAGUGACUUUAGUGUAUGGGGCCUUGGUCGAAAACAUUGGAAGUUACGCAGCCUUCUGGUUCUUCUCUUGCGCUGGUCUGAUAGCCUGUUUCUUCACAAUAUUUUGUAUACCGGAGACAAAAGGGAAGAGUUUGUUAGAAGUCCAGGAUAUGUUGAAGAAAAAGUAAA